AUGUCUAGUGUGUAUCACGAUUAUUCAUCGUUCUCGAAUACGACAACCUUUGCAGAUGCCUACAAUAACUUCUCUACCAUCGAAGGUUUAAACCCUCUCGAAAAGUUGUGGGGUGCCUACUACUACUACAUUGGUAACGAUAUAUUCGCAACCGGAUUAUUGUUCUUUUGUGUGCAUGAAUUUUUAUACUUCGGAAGAUGUUUACCAUGGGCCAUCAUCGAUAGAAUCCCGUACUUCAACAAAUACAAAAUUCAAGAAGCAAAGAUUCCUUCCAAUAAAGAACAAUGGGAAUGCUUAAAGAGUGUGUUAACCUCACACUUCCUUGUAGAGGCCUUCCCAAUUUGGUUUUUCCAUCCAUUGUGUCAAAAGAUUGGUAUUCAAUAUCAAGUUCCAUUCCCAUCUAUUUGGGCUAUGGCUCUUCACAUAGCUGUAUUCUUUGUAUGCGAAGAUGCAUGGCAUUACUGGUUCCAUAGAGGUUUACACUAUGGAGCUUUCUAUAAAUACAUUCACAAGCAACAUCACAGAUACGCUGCUCCAUUUGGGUUGGCUGCAGAAUACGCUCACCCAGUCGAAGUCAUGUUAUUGGGUACUGGUACUGUUGGUAUCCCAAUCAUCUGGUGUUUAAUCACAGGUCAAUUACAUCUUUUCACUGUCUGUAUCUGGAUUGCCUUAAGAUUAUUCCAAGCCGUAGAUGCUCACUCGGGCUACGAAUUCCCAUGGUCUUUACAUCACUUCUUGCCAUUUUGGGCUGGUGCUGACCAUCAUGAUGAGCACCACCACUACUUUAUAGGAAGUUACGCUUCCAGUUUCAGAUGGUGGGAUUUCGUUUUGGGAACUGAAGCUGGUCCAGGAAAGAAGGAAAAGAGAGAAUCAAAAAUGAAGAUUAAGGCUGAAUCUAAGAAGUCCAUUUAA